AUGCAAAUUAAUCGUAAGGUUGAGAGAGUGGAAAUCAAGGACGUGCGUUUGCCGGUCGCGCUUCAACGCGCAAUGGCAGCAGAAGCCGAGGCCACAAGAGAAGCCCGGGCUAAGGUGAUUGCUGCUACUGGCGAGCACAAGGCUUCCAGCGCACUAAAAGAAGCCGCCAAGGUCAUUUCCUCGUCUCCACUGGCUCUGCAGCUUCGCUACCUCCAGACCCUGUGUGCGAUAUCCGCGGAAAAGAACUCAACCAUAAUCUUCCCCCUGCCAAUCGAUAUCCUUAACAGUGGUGCCACGAAGGCGGCCGCCAAACUAGCCUCCUCCACACUCUCACUCGACGCCGACGAUGCGCACAGCAAGCACAAACGUGCCAUGGUCCGCCAAUGGCUUCCCUCCCUCAGCCCCGACCCCACUUGCACGCCAAGCCCCCGUGCUCUGCUGCCGGGCAUGGGUGAACCCGAUCCACUGAUUCCACAACCCGUUCCUCCCCAGCUCCCCGAGAGUCAGCGACGCAGGUACGAGGCGGCCGCCUUACUCACCGCUAAACAGCCGUCACCGAGCAAGCAAUCCACACAGCCCCUGCCGCAAAAUCAGCCUGAGAACUUCGACGAUUCGUGUAGCGAUUCUGUGUGA